CGCGGCCCGGCUGGGACGCGACGGGACGCGCUGGGACGGGCCCCGGGGGUCGCCGGCGGCAUGGAGCGGAGAUGCCUGUUAAACACUGGCCUCGGCCAGGCCCCAGCAGGCUCCAGGGAUUCAGCCUUGAACACGACAGCCUCUCUGCCUUCCGCCAUCUUGACGCUCAUGAACGCCCCGUACAAGCGAGGAUUCUACUGUGGAGAUGACUCCAUCCGGUACCCCUACCGUCCAGACACUAUCACCCAUGGGCUCAUGGCCGGGGUCAUCAUCACCACCACCGUCAUCCUUGUGUCGGCCGGGGAGGCCUACCUGGUGUACACAGACCGCCUCUACUCCCGCUCCGACUUCAACAACUACCUGGCCGCCCUCUACAAGGUGUUGGGGACGUUCCUGUUCGGGGCUGCAGUGAGCCAGUCGCUGACAGACCUGGCCAAGUACAUGACCGGCCGGCUGCGGCCCAACUUCCUGGCCGUGUGUGACCCUGACUGGAGCCGCGUCAACUGCUCCGUGUACGUGCAGGUGGAGGUGUGCAGGGGAAGCCCUGCUGAUGUCACCGAGUGCAGAUUAUCCUUCUACUCUGGACACUCCUCCUUUGGAAUGUACUGCAUGAUGUUCUUGGUGCUCUACGUGCAGGCCCGGCUGUGCUGGAAGUGGGCACGGCUGCUGCGGCCCACCGUGCAGUUUUUCCUGGUGGCCUUUGCCCUUUACGUGGGCUACACCCGUGUGUCUGACCACAAACACCACUGGAGUGAUGUUCUCGUUGGCCUCCUGCAGGGGGCCCUGGUGGCCGGCCUCACUGUCCGCUACGUCUCCGACUUCUUCAAAGCCCGGCCCCCGCGGCACUGCCUGGAGGAUGAGGAGGUGGAGCGGAAGCCCACAUCACUGACACUGGCCCUGGGCGAGGCUGCCUGCAGCCACUGCGGGUCCCCUCCUCCUGGAGCCGCAGCCGCGUCCAGCUGGGGCUUGGGCUGUGGGCAGUGAGCGUGUCCAUGGUCCUGGGGCAGGUCCCUAAGCCAGGAUGGCUGGAUCCUGGCGUGGGUUCCACUAACCCCACCUCCAUGCACUGGGCCAGGGGGUACCUGGGGCAGCCUUAGCAUGUGGAGGGGGACUCUUCCUCAGAACCCCUGUCUUUUGUUGGGUUAGGGAAGGGACUGAGAGAUCCCAGUGGAUGCCGUUUUUGUAAAAUGUGACGUCUAUGCGGAUUUUUAGUAAAAUAGGGCGUUUGCUUGA